ACGGAAACGUUCAAAUUGAUCCGUACUAUAUGAAUAAUAUAUGUAUGUAGGUAUAUUUACAUUGAUUUAUCGCAUUUACCGCAGGUAUACAGGUAUACAUAAACACGUCGACGUACUCAAACCGUGCGAAACAUGAAACUAAAUGUAACACCGUGAAGAUGAAUUAUAACGAUGCGAUCGUCGAACAAUCAUGCGAGUUAUUACUUCGGAAACAUAGUUAUGUCGUGCGAUAGGCGGUUACAUAAUAUCAUAGAUAUUGAAAUGGGAUCGAUGGCAAUUUAGCCGGUCAAUAAAUCUUCGAUUGCCUUCGAGUUUAGUUAUUGCCGUAUGGGUGUACCUAUGUACGUACGUACGCACGUGUACGUUUCUAACUGUGAGAGGACAGAGCGAUACUCCAUGGAAUUAAAGUCGCAGGAAAGUUAUAGAAAUAUCGCGGUGGGUCGUCUCAUGUUCGGCUCACGUGAUUAGAAAUCGAUGGCCAAUCGAUGGAAAAUAAUUGGUGUUAACAUCCGUCGACUCCGCUGAAACUUAUAAGCGAGAUGCAACGAGCUCUCAACUGGCAAUUGAAACGCUGCGUUCGAUCUCGCGUCUUCCUCAGAAUCAGUCGUAAUAUUAUCGGGCGAUAUCGAUACGGUGUAGCGUUUUGAGACAAUGGACGAUUUUGAACCGUACAAUUAUUAUUUGGAAGAUUCGGAGGAAAUAAGUCGUUUGAAUCGGUGAGAAUCGUUGAAUAUAUACAUAUAUAAAAUUGACUCACCGUCGUCACGAUAUAACGGCGGGCGCGAUUCGCGAGAUUUGACACCUUCGACCGUCUCGAAUUUCGACAAAGACGGUGGGAUAAUUGUCGGCAGAGUUCGUCGUUUGUGAUAUUUUGAGGCUCUCGUCGUUCGACGGCAUCCGAAUAACGCUAAUUUCUAAAUGCCAUAGGACGGCUCUUCGUACGAUUCGCACGCGUAAACAACUCGCGCGGUUUACUCAAGUAAUUUCGGCUAAUUUAUAAAACUCGAAGGGAGGUUGAAUCCGGUCGGAAAGAGCUUGUAUAAGAUAUCGAGGAUACCGCGAGAUCCGCCACAAGUCUCCGGGCCCGACGCGAAGCGAGGCGAAGCAGCGAUAUAAUUCUGAUUUGAGAGUCCGUCGUCGGAAAAAGGACUCGUCGAAGCGACGAGGCGAAUAUCGAUCCUCGUGAAUCUUAUUGGAUAUGUGACGCGAACGUUCCGUUCUUACGGCUAUUUCGAAGCGAGUGAACAUAAAAUUCCGUUGAGUUGUUGAAAUUUGUUCGAUAAAAUUGAACGCGUGAAGGAGACGUCGAUACCGAUUCACGCGCACGAUUAGGGAUACGGAAGAACGACAAUUAUGCCUAACGAUUACAAUAGCAACUCGAUUAAUAAAAGACGUAGCGGCGGAGCUCAUUCGGAUAGAUUCGUCAAACUUCUAGCGAGAUUCCUUAGCGAGUACAGCUUCAUUCAUGACAGCCACUAUAUGUACGCCAGAGAUCAGGACCAAGUGAGGAACGCCGAAGAUGUUCUGUUCGACAUGUUCAAAAAUGAGGAAACGGGACUGCUGCCCGUGGGAAAAUUUCUCGCCGCAUUGAGAAGUACGGGGCUGAGAAAGAACGACCCGAGGCUUCAGGAACUUUCGGAUAACUUGAAAAAGGAACAAUUAAAGUCCGGGGGAAACGAAGGCGUCUCGCACGAGACGCAAAAGUUAGACCGCGAACAAUUCAGGAGGAUCAUAACUCCCAACAUCGUGUUGAUAUCGCGGGCGUUUCGUCACCAGUUCAUAAUUCCGGACUGGUCGGGAUUCACGAAACACAUAGAGGAUUUUUACUGGAAGUGCAAAACGAACACCGAGGGCAAGGUGGCGUCUUACAUCCCGCAACUCGCUAGAAUGAAUCCGGAAUAUUGGGGCGUUUCCGUCUGUACGAUCGACGGGCAGAGAUUCAGCAUAGGGGACACAUCGGUUCCCUUCACACUCCAAAGUUGCAGCAAACCGCUCACCUAUGCGAUUGCACUCGAACGACUGGGUCAGGAAACCGUGCACCAGUACGUAGGGCAGGAGCCAUCGGGGAGGAACUUCAACGAGCUUGUUCUGGACUACAACAAGAAGCCUCACAACCCGAUGAUAAACGCCGGAGCGAUACUCGUCUGUUCGUUGCUGAAGACCUUGAUAAAGCCGGAGAUGACCUUGGCGGAGAAAUUCGACUUCACGAUGAAUUAUUUCAAAAGAUUGGCGGGGGGCGAGAGUCUCAGCUUCAACAACGCUGUGUUCUUGUCGGAAAGGGAGGCCGCCGAUCGGAACUACGCUCUGGGAUUCUACAUGCGGGAGCACAAUUGCUAUCCCGAUAAAACGAAUCUCAGGGAAAUAAUGGACUUCUAUUUUCAGUGCUGCGCCAUGGAAGCGAAUUGCGAAUCGAUGUCGGUGAUGGCGGCGACCUUGGCGAACGGAGGGAUUUGCCCGAUAACGGAAGAAAAGGUCCUGAAACCGGACAGCGUACGGGACGUUUUGAGUCUGAUGCACAGUUGCGGAAUGUACGAUUACAGCGGACAGUUCGCGUUCAAGGUCGGAAUUCCAGCCAAGUCCGGGGUCUCCGGAAGCCUCCUGGUCGUUAUUCCGAACGUUAUGGGGAUCUGCACGUGGUCGCCACCCCUCGAUCCCCUCGGGAAUUCCUGCAGGGGCGUUCAAUUCUGCGAGGAACUCGUUUCCGAAUUCAAUUUCCACAGGUACGACAACUUGAAGCACGCCACCAAUAAGAAGGACCCGCGGAGGCACAAGUACGAGACCAAAGGACUUUCGAUCGUGAAUUUAUUGUUCAGCGCCGCCAGCGGCGACGUUACCGCCAUGCGAAGGCAUCGCUUGAGCGGCAUGGACAUGACAUUGUCGGACUACGACGGGCGGACGGCUUUGCAUCUAGCAGCUAGCGAAGGGCACUUGGAUUGCGUAGAAUUUCUUAUCGAACAAUGCGGCGUCCCGCACGAUCCGAAGGACAGGUGGGGGAAUCUUCCGAUCAACGAGGCCCAGACUUUUGGACACGAGCAGGUCGUCGAGUAUCUGAGAAAUUACGGGGAAGCUCAUCGCGCGGGGGAGGUUCCCGCGACGGAACAGGGAGGGUCCGGCAGUGACACGGAGAGCGUCGCUUCGACGAAAACACCGGCUUCCACCGACCAGAGUCCACUUCCGUAAAUAGACAUAGGCAGUAGCGAAUAAAAGUAUAAAUAGUCGACACCGAACAACACUCGAGGCAGAAUCUCUCUCUCUAUUCGUUGGGCGAUACGAGUUGCGAUCGAUUUCCACCCCGACGGAUCUCACGAUGACUGGAAGAAAGUAAUUGGAGAAGUUUGUCGUAAUGUACCAAUAAUUAACCGAGGAUCGUCGAUGGAGAGAUAUUUCUACGAUAGGUUCCACCGCCGCGGAUCCGUCGAUCGUCGCGGCAACCGUCACGUUAUUCGUCGGAAUUAAAAUUAUCCGUAACACCGAAUAAUGUCAGGGUGGAUUCGCGUGAGGAAUAUCGCCACACCUGUAUCGACCAUGUUCCAACAUCUGGAACUUCGCAACGACUCGACGCAUAGAUUAUUGUUAGCCGCAGGUGCGUGAUACGAGAUUGACGAGCAAACGAGUAUAACAGGUGAAUCGACAUGAUGUGUCGUUUGACUAUUUGACCGUAGGAUUAGUUGAUGCAUGCGGUAUUCCAUGCCGAAAUAAUAUAUGAAAAUUACGUCAAUUCCUCCAAGUCCGUUGCCUAUUACAAUAAUUGGGAUUUUGUGGGAGCUUGAACGUAAGUGUCACACGGACGAUAGAUUAUACUCGCACGGUAUGUUUUAAUAAAAUAAUGCCGCCGGUGCGAAGAGAAUGAUGAGUGAAAAAUCGGGAUAUUGAAUCUACGUGCGAAUAUGUGAGGUAAUCGUUAGAAUGUUAAUAAUAAUGUUAAGGAUAACGAUAGCUAUAGUGAUAAUCGUAACGAUGACGAUGACGACAUUUAAUAUUUUCCCAAACGCGUAUAAAAAGACAAUAAUGAUUGAGAGUGAAAUGAAAUGAGUCCAUGAUAGAACUGAACAGAGAAUCGAGGAUUUGAGGAGUUUCCUAUAAUUCUAUAUUUCUUAUGAGAUGUACACCGAACCAUUUUUGAUACGGGGAAUAUUUUAUGCCACCCCAAGAAUUUAUUAUUCGUUUUCCUUUCCACUGUUGUUUGUCGACUCUUUUUUUCUCCCCCCAAAUAUAAAUGAUGAAAAAACAGCGUGCGAGUGUCACGUCAAUUUCACUCGCGACAGGUAUUAUAUCUGAUACGUUGAAAAUUUUUCUGGAUCAUAAUUUCAGUAAUUCAAUCUUUCGAUUUGUUGCUAUCAAUCGAUCGACGAAAUGUCUCGAGUUCUUGCGAUUCGUCGCUUACUCUGUACGUAUGUAUACCAUGUCGGUAUAAGGUGUGUAAAAUUACAUGGGUAUAAUGUUGUAGUUUUACUCGGAGUAUUGUACCAGCUACGAUGAUUUGGCAAGUCAGUAUUAAACGAAACUAUCAUGAAACGUAAAAA